AUGGACAUUGGCGAACCAUCGUGCAUCAUAGUAGCUGAAUUGCCCACCCUCCGGGAACUCUUCCAGCUCGAAGAUGACGCGGAGAGGGAAGCCGCCGGCUACGACAGUAUCGCGACGGAGUACCACACGCCUGAACGGACUGAUUCAAGUGUCGUGCCAGCUCGCUCGUCGUCUUUUGCGCUCACGUUCAAUAAUCUCACAUACAGUGUGAAGGUCCGCCAGAGAAUGAACUUCUCAGCGUGGUUCUCGCGACAAAGGAAUAACCGUCUCGGAGCACCAGAAACUAAGAUUCUUCUGAAUGAUAUCUCCGGCGAGGCUCGCGACGGUGAGAUUCUUGCCGUUAUGGGAGCUAGUGGUUCAGGGAAAUCCACUCUGAUUGACGCCUUGGCCAACCGAAUAGCUAAAGGCAGCUUGAAAGGGAGCGUGAGAUUGAACGGCGAGGCCUUAGAAUCGCGGCUUCUGAAAGCAAUUUCAGCCUAUGUAAUGCAAGAUGACCUUCUCUUCCCGAUGCUCACAGUGGAAGAGACUCUAAUGUUCGCAGCUGAAUUCCGAUUACCAUGCAGUCUCUCUAGAUCCAAGAAGAAGAUGCGAGUACAAGCUCUGAUCGACCAGCUCGACCUCAGAAACGCAGCGAAAACCGUCAUCGGCGAUGAAGGCCACCGUGGUGUGUCCGGCGGCGAACGACGGCGUGUCUCCAUCGGCAUUGAUAUAAUCCACGACCCGAUCAUAUUGUUCCUCGAUGAACCUACAUCGGGACUGGAUUCCACGAGCGCAUUCACGGUGGUGAAGGUCUUGCAGACAGUUGCACACACCGGAAGCAUCGUCGUCAUGGCCAUCCACCAACCGAGUUCGCGAAUUCUUGGUCUUAUCGACAGAAUAAUCUUCUUAUCUCGCGGGGAAAUUGUGUUCAGUGGUUCGCCUAUGCAACUUCCCCACUUCUUCGCUGAAUUUGAACACCCGAUUCCAGAAAAUGAGAACCAAACCGAGUUUGCAUUGGACCUGAUUCACGAGCUAGAAGAGGGGUCAUCUAGUGGAACUCAUAGAUUGGUGGAAUUUAACAAGUCGUGGCAGAGCAAGAAGCAGUCGGGAAGUAAUAGUGGCCCAUCAGAAGGUGACUAUCACCAUGGAUUAUCAUUGAAAGAAGCGAUCAAUACAAGCAUGUCGAGGGGAAAACUAGUGUCAGGAAUCACAAAAACAAGUGAUAAUAACGCAGUAAUAAGAUCAUCAUCAACUUCAAAGGUACCAACAUUUGCGAACCCAAUGCUGAUCGAAGUGGCAAAGCUCUCAAUACGAUCAUACACCAAUUCACGAAGAACGCCUGAAAUAUUCCGGACCCGAUUGGCCAUAGUACUCAUCACUGGCUCACUUUUAGCUUCAGUGUUUUGGCGUUUAGAUGAUUCUCCAAAAGGGGUUCAAGAAAGGCUUAGCUUCUUCGCUUUCGCCAUGUCUUCCACCUUCUACACUACAGCAGAAGCUCUCCCUUUGUUCCUUCAAGAUCGAUAUAUUUUCAUGAGAGAAACUGCUUACAACACUUACCGCAGGUCCUCUUAUAUCGUCUCUCACGCUCUUGUGUCCUUACCUUCUUUGCUUGUCCUCUCAUUAGCUUUCGCAGCGACGACGUUUUGGGCAGUGGGGCUUGAUGGAGGAUGGUUCGGUUUCUUGUUCUAUUUCGUCUUCAUAUUUGCUUCUUUCUGGGCAGGUAAUUCCUUCGUCACCUUCCUCUCUGGUGUGCUACCUCACGUGAUGGUCGGAUAUACCAUAGUGGUGAAGUCCUUAGCAUAUUUCUUGCUGUUCAGUGGAUUCUUCAUUAACAGAGACAGAAUUCCAGUUUAUUGGAUUUGGUUUCACUACUUGUCUUUGGUGAAAUACCCAUAUGAAGCUGUGAUGCAGAACGAGUUUGAUGACCCAGUGAGUUGCUUUAUGAGAGGGGUUCAGGUUUUCGAUAACACUCCACUCGGCGAGUUGCCGGGUUCCGUGAAACUGAAGCUAUUACAGAGCUUGAGUGCUACAUUAGGGACAAAUAUAACGAGCUCAACGUGCUUGACGAGAGGCAGUGAUAUAUUGCAGCAGAAUGGGAUAACUCAGCUAAGCAAAUGGAACUGUUUGUGGGUAACAGUGGGUUGGGGAUUUUUGUUUAGGGCUCUGUUUUACUUCUCGUUGUUGCUAGGGAGCAAGAAUAAGAGGAGAUAAUUGCCAAUGACUUGGUUUUGGGAAACUAAUUAAGCUUACAACAGUUAUGUAUUCCUACAUUUUAGGGUCUGACAUUCUUUAUUCUUUUUUCCUUUUGUUAUACUGUACAAUGUGGACACUUGGUUGGAAAUACAGAGUAAUUGAUGUAUUGGUCCUUUAUUCUUUUUUCCUUUUGUUAUACUGUACAAUGUGGACACUUGGUUGGAAAUACAGAGUAAUUGAUGUA